UUCCGUCAUCUAGGGUUUAGAUUGCCAAUUCCCCAAUCAAAGCACCACCCCAAUCCUGAUUCAAAUUACACCAAUAUUUCUGUAAUUCGGCGGUAAAAUCAUCAUGGGGAAGAACGACUUCCUAACCCCAAAGGCAAUUGCCAAUCGGAUCAAGGCCAAGGGACUUCAGAAGCUUCGAUGGUACUGCCAGAUGUGCCAGAAGCAUUGUCGGGACGAAAACGGCUUCAAAUGCCACUGCAUGAGCGAAAGCCACCAGCGACAGAUGCAGAUCUUCGGCGAAAACUCUAAUCGCAUAGUCGAUGGCUACUCCGAGGAGUUCGAGCAAAGUUUUCUCGAUUUUAUGAAACGAAGCCACCGGUUCAGCCGUAUCGCCGCCACCGUGGUCUACAACGAGUACAUCAACGACCGCCACCAUGUUCAUAUGAAUUCGACUGAGUGGGCCACGAUAACCGAGUUCGUGAAGCACUUGGGGAGGACGGUUGGUUGUGGGGUUGAGUCUUCACCCAGUUGAUGUCUGAAAGUAGGUGCUUGGUAAUGGAAAAGUUGAAAAGCAUAUUAAUGUGGGAUGAGAUACUAGGUACAGCAAUAGAGGUGUUAGGAUAGUUGUGUUGUGUCCUCGUCCAACUGCUGCCUCUCAAGAUUGAUUUUGCAAAGUUGGUAUGAAAAAUUCUUUAUGUCAAAUCAUACCUGCCUAUUAUGUAUGCCCUGGUUCUUUUGACACCAGUCUAGAGCCUCUGUGAAUGGUUUUCUGUUUGUGGAAACCAACGGUUCUCAUUGCACAUGUAUUCCAUGGUUAUGUUUCCAAUAUUUUUAUGCACUGUUACACGGUUCUUUUUGCAAUACAUAUUUUCUGUGGAUGAACAAGUUGGGGAUUGGCACUUGUACAUCCUUUUCCAUUAUUAUGUAUUAGGGUUGAGAGAAAUAGCUGUAUUUACAAUGGAAAGAUGCACAAAGAGGCUAGUAGCUAUGAGUUAUUAAGUUGCUAAAGUAAGGGCGUGUGCUCAUGUUCGUUCUGCUGCCGAUUGAACCCUCUUGGAGAGUUGCAUCUCAAUACCUUCAUCAUGCUUCAUGUAUUAGAAAAAUUAUAGGUUCAAUUGUCAUUGUAAUCAGAGUAAAAGCAAUUUGAUAGCGUG